AUGUUCUCUGAAAGUGAUUGCAAGAAUACUACGAUAGGUGCAGAAUACAAGGGAACACAGAACACGACGUUGAUGGGUUUCACCUGUGCGGAUUGGCUUGUAUACAAGGGCAACUAUAGGCCGGCUGACUCCUACAAUUACUGUCGGAACCCAGACAAAGACAUUCGUGGACCUUGGUGCUAUAUUACAGCCACACACACAUCUCACUAUGAUUUCUGCUUUAUUCCAUCCUGUGAAGACAAACUGACGAAUUUUAAGAUCUUGAUAGAUGAAAAUCUCUGCCAUCAUGAAACUGGAACAGUACAGUUUAGUCGAGCACAAGAAAUUAAAUGUGACACGCCGGGUCCUGUUGUUGGAAGACGCCUGAAGAUCCAACGAAUCGAACCAUCGUCUUCUCUAACAUUGUGCGAAGUGAGCGUACAGGCUUUCCAAUAUAUAGCAUGCGAUAACAAGCGCUAUGGCCCCAACUGCAACAACCAAUGCCAAUGUGCCAAUGAUGACACGUGCGAUGACAAGACAGGACAGUGCCCAUCUGGGUGUAACGAUCGCUUCACAGGCCCUUACUGUAACAUAGGGGUACCAGCAGUUACAAAGGAUGGUCUCUCCACCCCGACUUCCAUCAGUGUCCGGUGGCAGUACAUCCUUCACGACAGUGCCUUUGAUGCCGGCAAAUUUGAUCGGUUUGUUCUGAGAUACACGGAGCACUCUUCAACUUCUUCAACUGUCCACGCCGUACCAUUCUCGAGCCAUGAAAAUGUGAAGUAUAACGUGACCGGUCUCAACCCAUUGACAGAAUACAGCUUCCAUCUGCAGCUCAGAUAUAACAUUUCCACGAAAAGUGAGGAAGUAAAUGGAUCAGUUGAACACUUUCGAACCGAAUCAUGUGCAGGCUACAUGGGUUCGCCGAUGAUAACGCAAUCGGGUUCAGUUGUGGGAGGAGGUGCCUGGCCAAACAGAGUAUCACUUAGAAUACACGCACAGAAACCAGAGAUGUUAGCUGACUGCUUUAAGGAUUUCCACGUGUACGCCAGGAAAACCACAGAAUCAAGCUACAUGAAAUUAACAAGGGCAGACCAAACUUACACUCUCCACAACCUUACAGCAUUCACAGAAUAUGACAUCAAGGCGGCUGUGACAAGUCCCGAUGGACAAGAGAAACAUAAGCUUCAGAAGAUAACAACAGCAGAAGAUGUUCCGUCAGUGCCGACCAUUGUGAAAAUUGGGGGAAAUCUCACUUCCGUGUCCAUCAAAAUCACCCAGCCAGACCAACCAUAUGGAGUUAUCCAGAAAUAUGACCUUGCAAUGUGGGAGAGGGGCAGUAUGAACCAUACGGUCUCCAGCCAAGGACCAACCAAUCUUACCCUCACCUUCAACAAUCUGAAGCUAAACACAACGUACAAUUUCAAGGCGCGAGCAUUCACAUCAUAUGGCGGUGGAGAGUGGACUGAGGUCAUGAGUGUCAUCACCGAAGAGAACAGUACAUCUGGGACUAAUGUUGGCCUGUUAGCUGGACUGGUUAUUGUAAUGCUAAUUGUUCUUGCGGCCAUCAUUAUUCCCGUGGUCAUUAUUCUAAGGAAAAAGCGUAGAAGUAAAGAACAAGCAGCCGAAUCACUCGAAACCCAGCAGCAUGAAAUAGCAUGUCUAAGCAUUAUACCGGAAUUCGAGUGUGGAGUUCUUCAAACAGAAAAUGUGUCAACUUUGCCAAUUGUCCCCGUCGAUACUGGAAAGGGGUAUUCAAAUCUGCAAGGUCGAACCGUAACGAUUUCUGAUCUGGCUCCUUAUGUCAAGAGUAUCAGGGGCGAUAGAGCCGUGGAAUUUAAGGAUGAGUUUGGAGAGUUGCCAGUGGAUGUUGUAAGGUCAACCAAAGAGGCGAAGAAACCAGGAAACAUCCCGCUUAACCGCUACAAGAACAUAAUAACUUAUGAUCACAGUCGUGUUAUCCUUCAGCCCAUUGGAGAAGAGCAAUCGGACUACAUCAAUGCAAGUUACAUCCAUGGUUAUGAUAAGGAGAAAGCUUACAUUGCUUCUCAGGGUCCGCUUCCUAAGUCCAUUACGGCUACAUGGAGAAUGAUAUGGCAAGAACGCUGUGACACCAUCGUCAUGCUCACCAAGACAAUAGAAAAGGAAAAGAAAAAGUGCGAGCAAUACUGGCCGAGCCAGGGAAAAAACACGUAUGGGCCAUUUACCAUACAGCUGGUGGAAGAGUACAAGUUUACCGACUACGUGAAUCGGAUCCUGAAGGUCACAUUGAAUGGGGAGGUGCGCAUUGUCAAGUACUUCCACUUCACCGCCUGGCCCGAUCACGAUGUACCCAAGUUGGCUUGCUCUUUGCUAAACUUCAGAGCGAAUGUUCUGAAGGAGACUGAGUAUGGGAAGGUACCCAUAUUGGUACAUUGCAGUGCUGGAGUAGGCAGGACUGGGGCCUUCAUCGCUAUCGACUAUCUGAUCCGACAAGGAAAGGCUGAGAAAAAGGUCAACUUCUACGAGUGUGCACUCAGAAUGAGGGAACAGAGACCGAACAUGGUACAGAACCUGGGGCAGUACACACAUAUACAUGACGCAAUUUUAGAGUAUUUCAAGAUAGGAAUAACGUCCAUCAAGAGUGACAACUUUCCUCAGAAGUACAGUGACAUGAUCAAAGCAAUACCUGGGAAAGACGCUUGUCAAUUACAGAACCAAUACUCGAUUCUGGGUGCAUUCACUGAUGCCAUCAGCCCUUCAGAACAGGCACUGGCGAACAUGAGCAAAAACAGAAAACAGGACAUUGUUCCAGAUGGCGCAUCUCGUGUGGUUUUGUCUACACCAAUAGAUGGAUGGAAUGAUUAUGUUAAUGCAGUUUAUGCCACGGGCUACGGUGAGAAGGACAACUACAUUAUAACCCAGAUGCCCCUCCCUGAGACAAUGAAGGACAUCUGGCGGAUCGUGCAUGACACGGGAAUCUCCACUAUUGUUAUGAUGAACAUGGUCGAUGAUACUUAUGAGAGAAAAGAUGAUAUAUCUGGUCGAGUGGUCCGGCACUUUCAGUUACAAAACUGGCCCGAUGGUCAGGCGACGCCAGCAUCCGUGGAGGCGAUCGUGGAUCUGCUAGAAAAGGUCGAGAAGUGGCAACAAAAGGUCGAGAACAAGAAGAUACUUGUACAAUGCCUGGACGGUGCUUCCCAAAGUGGUGUCUUCUGUGCGGCGCAUUCUGUCAUUGAGAAGGUCAAGGUCGACCAGGAGGUGGAUGUUUUCCAGUAUCUCCGUCUGCUGAGGUCACACAGACCACAACUCGUCAACACUUAUGAGCAAUACAAGUAUGUCCAUGAAGUCGUUCUGAGAUACCUACAAAAUUUCGACCUCUAUGCUAACUUCCAGUAA